CUAAUCUAGCAUGGAAUGAACGGCAAGCAAGACGAAGCCAGGAAGGAUGACUCCAAGUACAACAAGUAAGUACUACGCCGUAUGUAUGAUUGAAACCUUGUAUUAUAGGGAGUGAGAUCUGUCAACAGCUAGAGCAUACGAGUAACGUAAGCACCACAGCCUCCUCUUGCUCUUGUCAAGAUGGUUUCCUCCUCCUCGCGCGGCAAACCUCCUCCAUCCUACUACGAGGUCCUGGGUGUCUCUAAAACCGCCGACCCGAGCUCCAUCAAAAAGCAGUACCGGAAGCUUGCCCUGCAGUUUCAUCCGGACAAAAACAAGGGGAGUAAAAGUGCGGAGGAAAAGUUCAAGCAGGUUGCUGAAGCCUAUUCAGUUCUGUCGGAUGUGGAGAAACGAAAAGCCUACGACCACGCCUUGAACAACCCGGCAUCACGCGCGCCACAGAACUUCACGCCCCCCGACGCAGAUUUCCAGUACUGGGGGCGUGCGCCCGGGGAAGGACCUGGAGCGAACCCUUUCGGGGAAAAACCACGGUAUCAUGAUGACCACGGCACUGGAGGUUGGACCGGAGGAUCACAAGCUGGACCUUUUGGAGGUUCAGAUCCAUUCGGCGCUAGGUUUACGGAUGAUUUCGCGGCUUUUACUGGAAGUGGACAGCCGCACGGUAAUAUGUUCGGAGAUCCCGACCCUUCGUUUUCGCAGCACUUCAACCGAGGAAAUAGACAAGAUAGCAAUUAUCGCCACACGACCCGUGCAACAACUGACCACCGGCACAGUCAGGCGCGGAGCCUCCACCGGCCGCCACGCGGGGUACCGUGGCGCCCGCCCAGUUUUUCCCUUCGCGACGCCUACAAUCUUUUCGACAGCAUGUUUGGUGGGCACGAUCCGUUUGACAAUGGGUUCACGAAUUUGAACGUAGGGGUGAUGUCCAGUACAACUUCUUCCCGGAACGCAAUCGCCAACUCCGCUACCAAUACCUCGUCCAACACUACCUCCUGGGACGUGAAAACGACAAAGAUCAAAAAACCCGACGGCACUGUCAUAAUCGAAACCAGCCGCGUCUGCCCGCAAACCGGCCGGAUUGAAACGUCGCGAAGGAGUGAGAGUGGUAAUGGUGGUUCUACUGGCGCUGAGACGAGGAAGAAUUAUCCACGCGAGCAGCAAGAGAAAUACGACCGGAGUACUAGAACAUCAUUUACAUUUGCCAACCCCAACGGUGCUGAUGAUUACAAUUUUGGUGGCGCGAGCACCAGUUUCGGAGAAGCGUUCAGUGCAACCAGCAGGAGCUCCUUUCCAAGACACAAUUUUUCAAGCUCGUCGAAGACGUCUUUUCCUGCGUCGCAUCGUGGUGAGCAGCGCGCUGCACCGGUGCCGCCGCGAGAACGUGCUCUACUCGCGAACAAGCACCAGAAUAGCAGCGAGGAUACUUUGGAUUCCCUUCCCGCAGGGUACAAUCCAGGCCGCUUGACCGCUGGUGCCGGAGGGGGUUCCUUCUCGCAUCGCAGUGCUGGUGGUGGCGCGCAGAUCGCACGUAGCAGCUGGGUAUCAAAUGUAAAAAUGUCUGGGUCUGGAAAAAUGCGCGAUUUGUCAUGCACCUUUUCCAUGAGCCAUGAGGUCUGGAAUGCAGGACCUAGUAUGACAGAUUCUGUGCGAUCUUUCUCAUGCCUAUCCUGCAUGAGAAACUGCCUCCCGACUUGGUCAAAACUGGGCGACUUUUGGUAAUAAUGCAACACAGAUUUUUGCAUGCUUCAGAUUUAGCAUGACAAGUUGCAUUCUUCCAGACCCAGACACUUUUACAUUUGAUACUGGGCCACGGCGGGCGGAGCCGCGGCGGCGGCGGUGCAGUCGGCACGGGGUGGCGCGUUUAUCGGAUGGAAAUCAAACUGAGAUCAUCAUCAUCAUCAUCAUGUUUGUGUUUGUCCUGACAUUUGAACAUUUGUCUUUCCUCAUUCUCAUGUGAGUGGACGUACACUCGAGCGCAUUUCAUUGUGACAUUCGCGCUGUCACUCCGCGAACCAGAGGCCGUCCUGGUUGCGGUAGAAGCUCUGGCCGGCAACGUACUUUACUUCCCUUCCCGUGUUCUCGCAAAAAUCUUCCCCGGACACCGUAAAUUGAACCUCUGGGUCACUUUCUGCUUGCCAGUAUUCCCCCCGGUUGGCGCCCGGCACUCUGCCCCAGCGCCUGCCGUUGAUUUUUUGAAGGAACGCCGCCCGAGACUCCUCUGCUUCUUUUCUCUGUUGUUCUAUCCUCGCCUUCUGUUGCUCGUUUCUUUGCGCCAUUUCCCCCGUAGCUUGCCUCUGUUUCUUUUGCCGGUCGGCUCGGCCCGUCUGUGCCAUCCUUUUUGCACGCAUAAAUUCCUUUGUGGCUUCUGCAUCGGGCGGGGCCUUGAAGAAUUGCUCUGCAUCGAGGCCGUAGUGGUGGAAGUCCUGCAACACCAGCUUCCCCCACGGUGACUUAGUCGCGACCUCGUUUGCUAUCCAGAGCCCGGAGGGCUCUGUUUUAUCUCGCGCUGCGUGUGCCACCCAAGCCAUACGCUUUUCCCGCACGGCUGUCUCUAUGUCCAACACCCCCAAUCGCCUGCAUAGCUCUAUUCUGCUCGCGUAGUCGUCCUCUUCUUCCUGUUCGUCGCUCUGCUGCUGCUCUCUCUGCCACUGUCUUUUCUCGCCAAGCCACGGCGGGGCCGCUGUCUUUUCUCGCCAAGCCACUGUCUUUCUCUGCCACUGUCUUUUCAGCUGGGCCACGGCGGGCGGAGCCGCGGCGGCGGCGGUACAGUCGGCACGGUAUCGAACAAAAAUCUGUUAUCGUUAUCGGAUUGGAAAUUGCUGGCAAAGCCCAUUUUUUUUUGAAGUUUAGCUACUGACUUAGCUACCUCAACUAGCUAUGAUUUUGAACCAGUUGUGUGCAUUUGGCCAAGCGCCGCGCCGAAGCCUGGAUCAUGUCGAGCCCAUUCUGCCGGGCCGUUUCGAGCUGCGCGCCAACCGUCCCAGGUGGAUGCGAUUUGCUCAGCUUCCGGCAGUGCAGGUUGGAAGCUUGUUUUGGGCUCAUAAAGAUCAAUUUGUAACGUGGACCUGCGUCACAGGCGCGUCAUGUUUUUGACAUGGGGAAAGUGCUGAGCUGCCCACUGCAUCACACAGAUAGAUGCCCAGAAAUGAGGCAGCUUGGGCGUGCUCUGGUUACCGCCCAGUCGUUGAUGAUGAAAUCUGCCCGCCAUCUCGUGGCCACCAUCGUCGCCGGGCUCUGACCUGAGAAAUUACGGAGAAUAGGGCGGCACACGGACUAUAAAAGUGACCAAAAAUGGUGCUUCUUAUCGGUUUGGCCUUCUGAACCGAUAGCAGACACCUAAGCACGCCGGCACGCGGACUAUAAAAGUGCCCAAAAAUGGUGCUUGUUAUCGGUUCUGCCGGAGGUCCGGCAAAACGAGGGCACUUUCCCCCCCCAGAAAGGAGGUCCGGAGGGCCUCCGGACAACAAGCAUUCCCCUUGCCCAAGAACAUCCCCAAAGACACCAGGAAACAAGGACGCCUACAGUUCUGCAAGACUCCAAAAAGGAGUCUUUGUCAGCGCGCCGCUUCGCCAGCUUGACGAGCGGAUCGCCCUCGUCGAUCUGCUUCCUCUUUGCCAUGUCGAUCGGCUCGCUCUUACACCCAAACCGCCCCCCCCUCACACUGACAGCAGACGCGUCGCCACCUAUCAGCUUCCGGACAUGCUUUGCAAGCACUCGCAGCCACAGUGUUUUGUUGGCGCACGUAGCAGCUGGGCCACGGCGGGCGGAGCCGCGGCGGCGGCGGUACAGUCGGCACGGGGUGGCGCGUUUAUUGGAUGGAAAUCAAACUGA